AAUCGCAAAUUUCUGACAUUUCUAACAGCUGCAACUGCGUUGUCAGAGGGCUGCACAGCGAAAAGAUGCCUCUCAAGUGGAAUGCAGCAAGGAGCUCUUUGGUCAGCAUUGGGGGCUUGGCGUUCCAGGGCCUAUCUAUUUUGGUCCAUAUUUUAUCACUUGCUCCCCCACCCCAUGGAAUUUGCCCCAGGAAAACGUCGCAGUCGGACUGCAGCCUUCACAAGGAGACACAGAAACAGGUAGUCAAAGAGGUCCAUUCCCCCAGCAAAGACCAUGGCAGAGCGCACUGUCCCUCACGCCUACCCCAUGAGCGCGGAGUACGAGUUUGCCAACCCCAGCAAGAUUUACGACCAGAACUUUGGAGAAGGUGUUUCCCCAGGGGAAAUCCUGUCCCCAACAUUGUACCAUGGCUACUACAUUAGACCUCGGAUUAAUAAGCAGCUGGACCGAGGGAUCUCAGAGGUCAACCUCAACGACCACAAAUUCCAAGUGUUCCUUGACGUUUGUCAGUUCACGCCAGAUGAGAUUGCUGUCCGCACAGUGGACAAUCUCCUGGAGGUGACAGCUCAGCACCCACAGAAGGCAGAUCGGCAUGGUUUCAUAUCCCGGGAGUUCACCAGGACCUAUAUCCUCCCUCUUGAUGUUGACCCUCUGUUGGUCAAAGCCACCGUGACCCAUGAUGGCAUUCUGAGUAUAGAAGCUCCGCGGACAGGAAAGGAGGUGAAGGCCAAAAUCAAUGAGGUGAAAAUAACACGCCAAGAACAGCCAGCAGCGGAAGGAAAGGGCUGUGAGGAGAAGCCACAGCCCUAAAACAUCCCUCAGCAAUGUCCUCUCCCACAUUGAACAUGCCCCCUUCAACGUGCACACAUUUCACUGAAUGUCAGGAUUGGACGGCUGAUUUGGGGAAGGGGGCCUAGCCACAUGGCUUUGUGGGGUCCUGUCUCUUUUUCUCAUCCUUUAGAUGUGGCAGCCAUUUUGUGUUAUGCCACGCACCCGCAGCAGCCAUUUUUUUAUGCCAUGCCCCCAAGGCAGCCAUUUUGUGACUGGUGUCCAUGGCACAUUCUCAAAAAAAAUUUCAAACAUGCCAAUCGGCAUAAAAAAAUUGGCAAAAGCCCCUGUCCUAUUGUAUGCCUACUGACUUGGAUCAACAAUUUUUCUCUCUGUGUGUGUUUGAACUGUUAAGCCUCAUGCUCUGAAUGUAUAAAUUGGUUUUUUUAAAAAUAAAUAAUCCUGAGAAUUA